AUUCAUAAAAAUGCAUAUUAUGAGAAAAUUGUGCAUUGAUUUCAAAUACUUUUUGGUAUUUGAAAAUAAGCUCAUCUCUUAAUUUCAUCUUUCCAUGAACUUUUUGAAGUGUUCCUAUAUAUAUUUUGUUACAGUUCUGGGGAGUUCGUGGAUCCCAGGAGACAACUCCAGAGACUCCCUUAAAUAACUGAGGAACAUUCUUGCUUAAAAUUACAAGCUUAGGUAUAUAAGCAUCACCUCCCCUUCCCAUUAUAGAAUUACUGCAUUCUCAAAGCCAUGCUACUUUCCAGUCUAAUGUGAAAGCAAGGUUUCCUGUUUAUUUCUUCACAUUAGAAUUCUAAUUUUUUUUUGACAGGCAGAGUUAGACAGUGAGAGAGAGAGAGAGAGAGAGAGAGAAGGGUCUUCCUUCCGUUGGUUCACCCCCCAAAUGGCUGCCACGGCCAGCGCUGCGCCAAUCCAAAGCCAGGAGCCAGAUGCUUCCUCCUGGUCUCCCAUACGGGUGCAGGGCCCAAGCACUUGGGCCAUCCUCCACUGCCUUCCUGGGCCACAGCAGAGAGCUGGACUGGAAUAGGAGCAACCAGGACAGAACCGGCGCCCCAACUGGGACUAGAAACCGGUGUCGGUGCCGCAGGCGGAGGAUUAGCCUAGUGAGCCGCGGUGCCGGUUGGUGAAAUUGUUUUAAAGGUUAUUUAUUUGAAAGGCAGAGUGACAGAAAGAGAGAUCAAGAAACAGAAAGAGAUAAAGAGAAAUACAACUUGCUGAUAUUUUAUUUUAAAUUUUUGUAUCUUAUUUGUAAGUAAGCUAUCCUUUUUGAACUAUAUUCAUUGAAUUUUUGGAUUCAGGGUUAGGUCAGGCUUAAGAAUGAUUUCAGAAGUUUCCAUAAUUCCUGUGCUCUGCAGUCAUUGAAAACAGUAUCAGGAUUUUCUGCUCCUUAAAGAGUCUUUGGGCUCUUUCAGGUCCUCAGUUCGAAGAUGACCAAUAAAAGAAGGAACAAUGGCCAUGCUAAAAAGGGCUGCUGCGGCCACAUGCAGCCUAUUCGCUGCACUAACUGCGCUCACUGUGUGCCCAAGGACAAGGCCAUUAAGAAGUUCAUCAAUUGCAACAUAGUGGAGGCCGCGGCCGUCAGGGACGUCUCCAAAGAGAGUGUUUUCAAUGCCUACGUACUUCCGAAGCUCUAUGCAAAGCUAUGUUAUUGUAUGAGUUGCACCAUUCACAGCAAGGUGGUUAGAAAUCUAUCUUGUGACGUCCACAAGGACCAGACACCACCACUCCGAUUUCAAUCUGCUGGUGCUGCCCCACAGCCUCCACCAAGGCCCAUGUAAGGAGUGUAAUCUUUAAGGGCAGAAGGAAAAUUAUUCUCUGGAAAAAUAAAGUGGAAAUUUAUGCUUUAUAUAGCGUACUGAGUAUAUGUGCCAGAUUAGGGGGAGGGUUGUGUGUAUUUUAUGCCAAGCAUUCAAAUGUGUGGUGCCAUAGGCUUUCCAUGGUAGAAAAGGAUAUCCAUGCAAGUUAAACCUUAAGUUUUGUAUAUGCAUGGUCUUGGCCCCCACUCUUCCCGC